GCUGUUGUCCCCUCACCGCCUUUCAUGAAGAUACCUUACCUUACUUCAGCACUCUAACCUUCUCGGCGCGAGAAUUUCGGCAUUCACUUUUUUUUUUUUUUUUUACCUUCAUUUCGGAUCAAACUUCGCUCAUUUACAGCUUAAAGUCUGCCAUUUGUGAUCUGACUGCUGGAAAAGUAGAGUUGACGCUAAUGCUCGCAGUGUCAGAGGUGUAUUACUGCUCAUGUUGUUCACCGCUUGCAUGCCAAUCCUCCAGAAACUCGCGCGUAAAGAACGACCUGAGAUUAAAAGGCGCGUUUUAAACAGAUAAGCGUGGAAGUACAACUCGACGUGGACCUUCUCAGACUGGACGUUGGAGAUGAUAUGGGAGGCUUCUGCCGUUUCAACUACGUGAAUCAAGAGUUCUUCUGGACAUUUCGUUGAUUUUGCGUGAAACUGACAGACUGUAUUAUCAAUGUGGUUUUCGCCGAAGAUACGCGUGGCCCGAGACUCACCUAAACGUUGACACGUCUUGGGAGUGAUGCACUGGCUUCCCCUGGUUGCCAUGGUGAUCGCCUCGGCCCUGCCUUUCCCUCAAAGUCCUGUGCCCAGGCUUGUUGCCGCAAUGAUAGAGCCUGGCAGAAACAACAGCAACAGCAGCAGCGUCCCAACAGCUAACAUCAGCAUGCCGACCAACUCCUCAGUGGACCACGACUCUUCUCACAACAACUACAGCACACAAGACAGAACAGAAGCUCCUCACAGAACAGACGAUAAGCAGAGCACAAUUGAGGAGGACCGUAUAUCCAAAGGUAGAGAAAAUCUUCUAACAGGUAGGACUACCGGAGCAGAUGCCUCCAGGCCGCAUUAUUCUAGGAAAUACAAAUCACAAAAAAUAGCCAGUUCCCAAAGCAACGAUAUUCUCAAGGACUAUCAGCUUGAACCUAGUCAGUUCCAUGAACAAAGCAGUAUUGAGGCAGAGACUUUUCUUAAAAAUGACAGGAGCGCAAGAAGUGAACUGAAAGAUGGGCCUCUUGAAGGUCCGAGCUCUCCAGGGCAGGAACAUCUGGAUGAAGCUCAGACAAAUGCAAAAGAGUUGCUGCAGCAAUCUGGAGGCUUUGGGUUUGAUGACAUAGGCCUUCGAGAAGAAGAUCAGCUGCUUUUGCUGGACGCCCAUCCACGGGUGCUCUUCUCCCCAGCCCUUUCCCCACCCAAACACCCGCCACUGCUCUUAAUGCUAGAGUUGGGCUUAUUGGCCGAUGACGUUGAGGACGAGGAAAGCCACAUGAUGGAUGCUACCACGUCUGGUCACGGAGGCGACAAAGAAACAUACAGGAACUUACUCUUGGGUCUCUCUGAUUCUGACGGCCCCAUUCCAGGGGUCCGGCGCAAGCGUCAGGCCGCCCACAGCGCACAGGGCAUCGAACGCUCCGUCUGCGAGGCCGAAAGCGGGUGGGUGACCAACAAGAGGACGGCGGUGGACUUCCGGAGCAACACAGUCACUAUUCUGCAAGAGAUCCAAACCCAGACGGGACCUCUCAAGCAGUAUUUCUACGAAACAAAAUGUCGUAAGCCUGAUCCAAAUAGGAAAGGUGAAGUGCAAGCGGUGGAGGGAGCCGGCUGCUUGGGGGUGGAUAAGAAACACUGGAUGAGCAGGUGCGAAACCAAGCAGUCAUACGUACGUGCGCUCACCUCGGAUGAAACCAAGAGAAUAGGGUGGAGGUGGAUCCGUAUUGACUCCUCCUGCGUUUGCGUGCUGCUCACUAGAGGAACGUACUACACUGAGAAGAAGUUGGAGAGGGGAAGAGAGCGAGAAGGCAGAAGGUACCGAUAGCUCAGACUGUCUGAAUAAAGGAUUGACGCGGAGUUGAAAGAUCAUAUGAAUUAAGGAGCGUUUAAGGGAGUGUAUCUGUUCUGGUCCACUGUGUGGGGGAUAUUUUUUUUCCAGAUGUUCCUGCAUCUCGCUUGACAAUCUCCCUGUGUCUCACUGAGGGAUAGUCAUAAAAUCACCCUCAUGUUGCUCAAAACCUGUAUGAUUUAUUUUUUUUCCUGUGGAACACAAAUGAAUACAGUGGAGUUUUUUUGGACACUAAGUCACUCUUAAAGAUGUUUGAAUUUCAUUGCAUAUACUGAAAAUCAAACCAAUUGGCAUCUGCAAACAAAUAUUGGAGUUCAUUUAAAUAACAUAUAUGACGUUAUAUAUGAUGUUACUCAGAGUUUGACUCCCAAAAGGACUUUUUGUUCUGGUUUUAAACAAAAUUUAAAGAUCAAUAACCAAGACUAGCGUGCAUGUGGGAUUAAAAAAAAAAAUAACCUCGUUUUGAUAUUUUUUUUAACAUGCAAUGCAAAAAAAAAAAAGAUAUUUUUAAAUGUGGCUUAAGUGUCCAAAUACUUUAUAUUUAGUGCAUUUUAUACAACAAAGCCUGCUGACUUUCAAGUUGUCACGCUUCAAAAAAGUACUAUUAAAAUGGUCCACGGAUAUGAAAUGCAUCAAAGUCCCUUUUAAGGAUAAUAAGUUCACUCUGCAGCCAUAUUUUCAAUGCCUUAAGGUGGAUGUUUUAAAGGAUUAUUUCAAUUCCAGAAUAAAAAAAUUCCUGAAAUUGUACUUAUCCCAGUGUAACUCAAGAUGUUCGUGUCUUUCUUUCUUCAGUUGAAAAGAAAUUCUUUCUUCAGUUGAAAAGAUUUUUGAGGAAAACAUUCCAGGAUUUUCCUCCAUAAUGGACUUAAAUGGGAAUGAACGGUUUAGAUUCUAAAAUGCAGCUUGAAAGAUCUAGUGCCGAUCUCAUGCAUAAUUUUUUACCCUACCCUACCUUUUUAAACUAAAGCACACAGACAAAAAACUAACCAUGUGUGUCCAUUCCAAUUACCUAAUGCGCAUUUGUGGUUAAUUUUUUUUUUUUUCUUAGAAAAAGACUUUUUUAGUUUUGCUAGAUAAGACCCUUGUUUCGUGGCAGGGAUCAUGAUGCAAAGAUCUGCCACUUCAUGGCUUAAAAUGUUUUCCUCAAAAACCUUCAUUUCUUUUCGACUGAAGAAAGAAAGACAUGAACAUCUUGGAUGACAUGGGGGUGAGUACAUUAUGAGGAAAAUUUUAUUCUUGAAGUUAACUAAUCCUAAAGGUAUGCAAGACCAGCUCUUACCUAUGUGAACAGGAAAAUAACUGGCAAAUUAACAAUUAAUUAAUAUACUUUAAGACAUGAACCGUCCCAUCAAUGCUGUUUUUAAGGCACUAUAAAGCAUAUUUUAAAGGUUGGUCCUGAUCUCACAUUCAUAUGAAAAACAGGUUCAUAGCUACCAUUCGUAGCAAUAAAAGUGAACUGUCUAGGGUAAUAAUAUACAGUCUUUGGUGAAAUUCCAAGUUUUCUGAAGUCAUGUAAGCAUGAGGUUUAAAUUGAAGUCGUUCACUUGUUUUUAUCUAGGUGCGUUCACUGUAACCUAUUUGGCGUUUCAAGAAACAGUAUACGGGUUUGAAGUGAAAUGAGGUGGCGAUGAGUUCCUCCGCGUACACGUCUCGCUAGGCCAGUGUGUAAACUCACACAAACAAGAAAACCUCAAUACUGAGAUCAAUUCUUUUUUUUCGUAUAUAUUGUUGCAUUUGUUUUAUUGUAUCUAUAGUAUACAGACAAUAAGUUAUUACUGUUGAAUUAGCACGUAAGCGUAAGUACUUGAUAUUAAUAUAUUUCUGUACAAUAUGUGAAACAUAUACAUCAUGCAAAUAUGUGCGUAUUUAUAAUAACCAAAAAGGAACCGAGCUGUAUAGAGGUCAGCAGAAUUUGUAAUCGCAGACGAGGGCUUUCUCAUAAGUGUCCUUCAAACGCCUGUCUCAAAACAUGUGCCUCUUCAGAUUCAGUGUCAGCUGCCAUGGUUCACCCAUGUACUGUUCACUCAGAAAAUGUUACAGAAAUACAGUCAAAAUAUGAAAUGUCCCCGGUUACUGUAUUAAGAAAGCUGUGGAAGUCAGAACACGGGGUUUGAUGUCAUUUUUCACAUUGAGUCAUUGUAAUAAAGUAUUAUGUAAUCUUUGUAAGGUAGAUACUUUUGUAUAUGAUUUUUUUUUUACUAAGUAGACGGAAGAGCAAGAGGGCCUUAUACAAAGUAAAAUAUAUGAAUAUGUGAUUGUAGUUCUAUUUGUUUUAUAAUAAAAAAAAACAGGAAGUA